UUCGGGCAGCAAGCCGCUGAGCUGUCCUUGCAGGAGCGGGCGUGGUUUGGGGAAGAGGAUCGGAAGCUGCGUGGAGAAGAGGGUCUCUCAGAAACACUGUGCUUCUAUGGCGACUUACCUGGAGUUUAUUCAGCAGAACGAAGAACGGGAUGGAGUGCGUUUCAGUUGGAACGUCUGGCCCUCCAGCAGACUGGAGGCCACGAGAAUGGUUGUCCCCUUGGCCUGUCUGCUGACUCCUCUGAAGGAACGCCUAGACCUGCCACCCGUCCAGUACGAGCCGGUCCUCUGCAGCAGGCCUACUUGCAAAACUGUGCUUAAUCCACUUUGUCAAGUGGAUUAUCGAGCCAAACUUUGGGCCUGCAACUUCUGCUUUCAGAGAAACCAGUUUCCUCCAGCAUAUGCCGGCAUAUCGGAAACAAACCAACCAGCAGAACUUAUGCCACAGUUUUCCACAAUCGAGUACAUUGUCCAGCGUGGACCUCAGACCCCACUGGUCUUUCUCUAUGUCGUGGACACGUGUUUGGAAGAGGAGGACUUGCAGGCGCUGAAGGAAUCCCUGCAGAUGUCCCUGAGUCUGCUGCCUCCGGAUGCCCUGGUGGGGCUGAUCACGUUUGGCAGGAUGGUCCAGGUUCACGAACUGAGCUGCGAAGGCAUCUCCAAAAGCUACGUCUUCAGGGGCACGAAGGAUCUCACCGCAAAGCAAAUCCAGAAUAUGCUGGGUCUCAUGAGGCCUGCUGCACCCGCUCAACAAGGGAGGCCCUUCCAGCCUCACGAGCAGCCCGUCGUCUCCAGCAGAUUUCUCCAGCCCGUUCACAAGAUCGACAUGAAUCUGACUGAUCUCCUAGGAGAACUGCAAAGGGACCCAUGGCCUGUCACUCAGGGAAAGAGACCCCUGCGAUCCACUGGAGCAGCUUUGUCCAUUGCUGUUGGGUUAUUGGAGGGAACGUUUCCAAACACUGGAGCCAGAAUAAUGCUGUUCACGGGUGGUCCGCCAACUCAAGGGCCAGGCAUGGUGGUAGGAGAUGAACUGAAAACUCCCAUCCGUUCGUGGCAUGACAUAGAGAAAGACAAUGCCCGGUUUAUGAAGAAGGCAAUGAAGCAUUAUGAAAUGUUGGCGAACCGUACAGCUGCCAAUGGACACUGCAUCGAUAUUUAUGCCUGCGCUCUUGACCAGACGGGCCUCCUGGAGAUGAAAUGUUGUUCCAAUCUCACUGGGUAUGUCCUCCGUCCUCAACCGAAUGGAGCAGGGCCGUUCCACUGGUGUUGUGCACGGUUUCUGUUGUCCAAAGUGAAUCCUUCUCAGACUCAUAACAACCUCUAUGCAUGGGGACAAGAAUCUGGGGCUCCGAUUCUAACAGAUGACGUUAGCCUGCAGGUAUUUAUGGACCACCUGAAGAAGCUGGCUGUGUCGAGUGCAUCCUAAUUCCGACUUGUCAAGGAAGCCUCUAAAAUCAAGGAACUGCUUCGGUCAUGCUUUUCACCAAUCACGCCCUGCCACGAAGCUGAUAACAUUCCUUCCCUUCUUUUAAGUCAUGUUUUAUAACGAUUACUUAUCACAAAGAAAUAACGGGAAUUUUGUAUUUUGGACUUAACUUAUUGACGCACCUGUGGCCAGUAUCCUGCCAAUUCUGGUUUUUCCAUUCACAUAAUGAUUCCAGGGCCAUGAUUUUUCUCACCUAAACUGCCCUAUGUAAUAAUCUGUCCUUCAGUAUUUGUACUUCAGAAAAAUAAAUUGCAGAUGGCGUUAGUGUUUAAUGAUA